AUGAGCAACACAGCACAACAGGAUCUGCAGCAGCAACAGUCUCAAGCGUCACAGCUCGCUCCGUCUCAGAUUACGCCGCAGCAUGCAUCGCUACCUUCCAACGCCGACGUGGUGCAAGCCAUCAACGCCAUGAGCUCACAGGUCAGCAGCCAACUCUCCAUGAUGGGCACUCAGCUCGCGUCUCUCGUCUCGCUCACUUCGCGUCUCAUCGAGGUCUCGCAGAUGACGGCUGCCGCUGCUGAUAGCACCGGCCGCAAUGCCAAUGACACCGCUUCCGCAGCUGCGACCGGCUCGUUCGGAUCGCAAGUGAUGAGACCAGACGCAGGCCAAGCCAACAACGCCGCCGACCUCAAUCGUGGACGUCUCAACGGCAACCAGAACGCGUCUUCUUUCGGCUCCAACAACGUCGUCGCCGGCUCAAGCAACACGGCAUCUCGCUCCGAUUCUCGGCAAGGCCAAGUUUACCAGAACGCUGCCUCGAACAACUUUCGCAGCCCACUUGACCCCGCAAGUUCUACGCUGGAUAGAACCUUUGGUAGCACGCUCAGAGGCGCCUCUCCCACUCCCAACUCGGUCAUGAACAGUAGCCUCUCUGCCGCCACAGGUCGCGCUGCACAGCAGCAGCUGCAGCAACAGCAAAUGCAACCGCAACAACAGCAACCGCAGCAGCAGCAGCAGCCGCUACAUCUACAGUCUCAGCCGCAAGGCCUUCAGCAAGCAACCCAGCAGCAGCAGCAGCCGAGUCAAGACGAUAUGCUCAGAAGCCGCCUGCCGAGUCCCGUGUUCCCGGAUGAUCCCAUCGAUCUGUCGGCUGACAUGUCCACUGCCGGUCACCAGACACCAUCCAAUCUCAAGAGGCUCUCCACUGCCGGCGCGGCUGCCGGCGAUAGCGCGCGCAAAGCGGCCACCGAAGCCUCGCUGGGUGAAUGGAAAGGCUGGCUGAAUCGCACCUGGCACGCUCCGCCUGGCCAUCAGUCGCGCAACAUCAAGUACCGCACCAUGCAACAGGCCCGACGUGCUCACCGUGACCAGACAAAGCGGUCCAUGGCAACGCUUGGCCGUCUCCCGCUCAAGGAGUUCCUCGAGAUUCGACCCGAGCAAUAUCUCAGCGUACGCAAGACAGGUCGAAAGCUGUAUCAGGAGUGGCUGUUGCAGGAGGUUCGACUGGCAAAGCAGCCCGAGGAUCGAGUCAAGGCGGCCAUCAAUCGACUCGAAAACGAUCACCCUGAAUUGGGUGACUGCGAGGACCAUUGGAAAGCGAAGCAGCUGCUGCAGCAGAUCAUCGACAAUGCGAUCGACGAGGCCAACUUGCAUCGCAAGAAGGAGGCGCGGGCUAGCAACUCGCAUCAGGAUCCGAGCGAAAGCACGCCGCGCAACUUGGACAGCACCAGAAGCACGAGCAUGAUGGGUUUGAAUGCAAGCAGCUCGUCUUCCGCCUUGGCCGAUGCGGAUCGGAGCUUGCGAGGCGGUGAUUCGAGCAUCGCUUCUGCACGGAAGGCGAACAACGCAACUGGCGUCGCCGGUCCUGGCGGCAACAAGACGGCCAAGGGAGUCGUCCAGCGUCGCAAAGCGGACCAGGCUGACCUCGACGACACACCUACGCGGUUCCGGCAGCCGCCGAGCCAGCGCAAUUCCAUGCUGGGACCUGGCGGCGACGAUCUCACCGGCUCGUCGUUGCAAGCACAGCAAGGUUCGCUGUCGUCAUCAGGAUUGGAAGCGGCGCACAGCGGCCGAGGUACGACGUUGGCCGACUACUCGGGCGGCUACAGCAACGACUCGAGUACCAUCGCAUCGGCACAGUCGUCGGACACGUUGCAAGCCUCGCGGCAGCACGCUUCGCACAGUCAGCACAUGGCACCGCCGCAGCACACGCAGCACCACAACGCGCACCAGCAGGAUCAGACGCACAACGCCUGGGCCAGUCAGACCGCUGCGCCAGGUCCCUCGCUCUUUGGCCAGUCGAAUUACACCACCGCGCCUGCGCAACAGACCUUGUCGCACCACCAGACCUACGGACACCACAGCAACCACCACCACAGCAACUCGGGCUACCUUGCGUCGGAUCCGGGCCAGACCGGUCUCGGUGCGUCGGGAUCGGGUUUGUUGGACGACCAGCGUCAUCAGUCGCAUCUGAGCCCAUUGGUGAACGGGGGCAGCGUGAGAAUGCAUCAACCGCAUCAGCAACAUCACCAGCAAGCGCAGAGCACGUUCUUUGAUAAUCGAGGAUACCAGUAG